UGCCCACGGUGGUGUUCUUCGCCACAGUGACGUCACUGCUGUACCACCUGGGCUGGAUGCAGUUCGUCAUCCACAAGCUGGCCUGGCUCAUGCAGCUCACGCUAGGCAUCUCGGGACCGGAGGCUGUCUCAGCAGCAGGCAGCAUCUUCCUCGGACUGACUGACUGUGCCAUGUUGGUUCGCCCCUUCCUGCCUGUCAUGACGAACUCGGAGCUGUUCACCGUGAUGACUUCCGGGUUCGCUAGUAUCGCGGGGUCCGUCCUGGCUGCAUUCACGUCCAUGGGAAUCAGCGCGUCCUUCCUCCUGACAGCUAACGUGAUGGCGGCACCCACGUCCCUGGCCCUGUCCAAGUUGGUCUACCCGGAGACAGACACUCGUCGCCAUGGCAACCAAAAGGACGACAGACUCGAUAUUGAGAUACCGAAAGACAGAAACCUCCUGGAGGCGGCGUCAGCAGGAGCCAGCAUGGGGGUGAGCAUCGUGGCGCACAUCGUGGGGAACCUGAUCGCCUUCCUGUCCCUGCUGGCCUUCAUCAACACUGUCCUGACCUGGCUGGGCGGGAUGGUCAACAUACAGGACCUCACCUUCCAGACUAUUUGUUCGUACGUGUUCAUGCCUCUCGCGUUCCUUGCCGGUGUGCCGUGGGAGGACUGCAGUGUCGUAGCCGAGCUGUUUGGGACCAAGACCUUCCUGAACGAGUUUGUGGCGUACGUGGACAUGAGUAACAUCGUUAAGGGACACGUACCGGGGAAGACACUAAAGCAUCCCCGGUCCGUCGCCAUCGCCACCUUCGCCCUGUGCGGCUUCGCGAACUUCGGCAGUGUGGGGAUCCAGCUGGGCGGGAUGGGGACCAUGGCGCCCGGCAGGCGGGGCGACCUGGCCGACGUCGCCCUGCGCUCCAUGCUCACGGGGGCCAUGGUCGGGCUCCUCAACGCCUGCAUGGCCGGUCUACUGUACCAGGACCCUGUGCUGUCCACAGUCAGCACACUGAACGGCACAGCACUACUGAACAGCACACAGUCAUGUCAAUACACAGGGACUCUUCUGGACUGCAUGUGUUAACAGUUAGUCCAGACGAGAAACCUCCUCUGGCUGAAAUUUUUCCACAUUUUACAGA